AGGCGGCGGCCAAUCCUUGCAGAAAGGGCACGAAGCCGGGGGAGGCGGGGCCUAGGGCAAGGCCGCCCUUUCGUUAAGAUGGCGGCCGCCAGGGCUGGAGAGGCGCCGCACAGCGCAUGCGCGUAGCACUGCAGUCUCCCACAACAGCCAGCAUGGAUUUCUCCAAGUUCCUGGCUGAUGACUUUGAGGUGAAGACUUGGGUGAAUGGGGCUUUCCGGGCAGUACAGCAAGAAGCACCGGGCAAGGUGGAUGCCCACGCAGCUACCCUGGUGAUGAAGCUGCAGCUCUUUAUCCAAGAGGUCAACAAUGCUGUGGAAGAGACUAGUCACCAGGCACUCCAGAACAUGCCCAGAGUUCUGCGGGAGGUGGAAGCCUUGAAGCAGGAGGCAACUUUCCUGAAGGAGCAAAUGGUCCUGGUCAGGGAAGAUAUUAAGAAGCUGGAGCAGGACACAGCUCAGUCCAUGCAGGUCUUAGUCAAACUGGAUCAUGUGAAAUCCAGGAUGCAGCUGGCAGCUGACUCGCUCCAGGAAGCGGACAAGUGGAGCACCCUCAGUGCCGACAUUGAAGAGACCUUUAAAACACAGGAUGUAUCUGUGAUCUCAGCCAAGCUGACCAGCAUGCAAAACAGCUUGGCAGUGCUAGUGGACACACCAGACUACUCGGAGAAGUGUGUGCACCUGGAAGCGCUCAAGAACCGACUGGAGGCCCUCGCCAGCCCGCAGAUCGUGUCUGCUUUCAACGCUCAGUCUGUUGAUCAGGCCCGAGUGUUUGUGAAAGUCUUCACAGAAAUCGACCGGAUGCCCCAGCUGCUGGCCUACUACUACAAAUGCCACAAGGUGCAGCUAAUAGCCACCUGGCAGGACUUGUGCCAAUCCGACCUCCCCUUGGAUCGGCAGCUGACAGAACUCUAUGAUGUGUUGCUUGGAACAUGGCACUCGCAGCUACAGUGGGCAGCGCAGGUUUUCAAGAACCCCCACCAAGUGGUGGCUGUGCUGCUGAUCCAGGUGCUCAGUGCUUUGGUGCCCUCGGUCCCCACCUGCCUCCACACUGCCAUGGAGCACGCUGGCCCCGAAAGCAAGCUGAGCCGGCUCCUGGGGCUGUACGACACCACCGCCUACUUUGCACAUGGCCUGGAAGUUGCCAUGCUGCCCAGCUUGAGGGAAUGUAACCUGGUGAAGGUGAUGGAGCUGGUGGAAGCUGUCUAUGGCCCCUAUAAGCCACUCCAGCUGCAGUACGGAGCCCUGGAGGAGGAGAACCUCUUGAUCCAGAUGAGCGCUGUCCCUUUGGAGCAUGGGGAAGUCAUAGACUGUGUCCAGGAGCUCAGCCACUCGGUGAACAAGCUCUUUGGCCUAGCCUUGGUGGCUGUGGACAACUGCCUCAAGCUGACGGACGGCCUGGGUGUGGGUGGCCUCCUCAAGGCCCUGCGAGCCCUUUUCAACAAAUACGUCUCUGACUUCAGCAACGCCCUGCAGUCUAUCAGGAAGAAAUGCAGGUUGGAUGACAUCCCUUCAGAUACCCUCUUCCAAGAAGACUGGACCGCUUUCCAGAAUGCAAUCCGAACAAUUGCUACCUGUGGGGAGCUCCUGCGUCAGUGUGGAGACUUCGAGCAGCAGCUGGCAAACAGGAUCCUCUCUGCAGCCGGGAAGUACCUUUCAGACUCUUACAGCCCCUGCAGCCUGAGUGGCUUCCAGGACUCUGGCUCAGAUAAGCAGAGUCCCAUGAAGAACCCCUGGCAGGAGCACAACUACCUGCAGCUAGAGAACCCCGCCGAAUACGCUGCCCUCCUGGAGACGCUCUACACACUCAAGGAGAAAGGGACCAGCCACAACCUGCUGUCGUCAUCACGGUUAGCUCUUACGCGGCUCAAUCAGCUUGCCCACCAGCUGGCCUUUGAUUCUGUUUUCCUUCGCAUCAAGCAGCAGCUCUUGUUGGUAGCCAAGAUGGAGGGCUGGAGCACAAGUGGCACUGCGGAGAUGCUCACAGAUGACCUGCCCACCUUCAGCCUGACGCCUCUGGAAUACAUCAGCAAUAUCGGCCAAUACAUCAUGUCGCUCCCUCUCCAUCUGGAACCCUUUGUGACCCAGGAGGACUCCGCGUUGGAGUUAGCACUGCAUGCUGGGAAGCUCCCUUUUCCUCCAGAGCAAGGUGAUGAGCUUCCCGAGUUGGACAACAUGGCGGACUACUGGCUGGGCUCGCUUGCCAGGGCCACGAUGCAAACCUACUGCGAGGUCAUCCUGCAGAUCCCUGAGCUCACCCCACACUCCACCAAGCAGUUGGCCACAGAUAUUGAUUACCUGGUCAAUGUGAUGGACGCUUUGGGUCUCCAGCCUUCCAAGGCACUGCAGAACACGGUUGCCCUCCUGAAGACCAAACCUGAGGAUUACAAGCAAGCUGCCAAAACCUUUCCCCGGCGCUUGGCCAGCAGCAUUGCAGCCAUGAGGGGCCUGGAUUAUUGAACUCCUGAACUUGUGUGCAAACGUUUGGAGCCUUAGACUGGCGUCUUGAUGCAGUCUCGGGGCGCGAGGCCUCUUCCGUGGUGUGCCUGGGGAUCCCCUGCCCCACUCCUCCCUCCUUCCCACAGGAUGCCCUUGCGCCCUGCGUGGGGAGAAGCAGCUGCGAGGGUGCAGAUGAGAUGUGUGUGGCUGGAGGAAGUAACUCAAUAAAUGCAGGAGCUCAAAAUGCUCCUUAAAGAGGCA